CACGUCCGUCACAGAACAAUAGCCCUUCGCACGUUCGUGUAUUUGUGUGUGGUCAUCAUUGAUAGACAUCCGGUCACCCGGUCUUACAUGACGUGCUCAUCAAUACAGCAAGAUAUACACAUUAUCAGAUAUGGUGAUUUAAUCAAGGUGGAGCUGACAAUUUUCAAGCAGUCUUUGUGCAAUAGCCUGGUACCACGAUGAACAAACGUAUCACAAUGGUAAGGAAGAAUAUCCGCCGGAAACACGUGAUCGGAGUGCUCGGACUGGUGUUUAUCAUCUAUAUUUCGAUGUCUGCAUAUACAUAUGAAAAGUUUUGCCGAGCAAAAAGUUGUGAAGAAAACAUCAUUAAAUUGUCCCAUUCUAACUUUGUGAAUAAAAGUACUAAGACAGUUUUGGUUUGGACGAAGUAUUUCUUUGGGGAUUGGGCGGAACACGUUUCCGGAAAUAUGAGUAGAAGUAAGCACAACUGUUCUGUGACGUCAGACCGGCGUGAACUGGGGUCCGCUGACGCAGUACUCUUCCAUUUGAUUGAUCUUUGGUUCUGGGAGACAGUACCCGGAUUUAGAAGACCGGAUCAGGUCUGGGUAUUGUAUAACAUGGAAGCGCCGCCACAUCAUCAUUUCACUGGAAAGCCAUGGAUACAAGCAUUUAAUUGGACGAUGACGUAUCGAACUGACUCAACCAUUCCUAGUCCUUACGGUGAAUUCGUUCCUUUGACAAGUGAGGAAAAGGAAACAGCUACAUUAUUGUAUAUGAACAGGAACUUUGCUGUGAAUAAGACCAAGAUUGCUGUCGCAGUUGUAAGCAACUGUCAGGAUGACGUUCAAAGAUAUCGAUAUAUACGUCAGUUAGAAAAAUACGUGGAUAUCGAUUAUUUUGGAAAGUGUGGACACUUGUCAUGCCCAAGAACUUCUAACGCCGAAUGUGAUGAAAAGAAGUACAGAUUCCGUAUUGCGUUUGAGAAUGCCAAUUGUAAAGAUUACGUAACAGAAAAGUUCUGGAAGAGUUUGAAUCAGGAGAGUGUUCCAAUUGUGAACUGGGGAAGUCAUCAAGUCAUAAAUGCUCCGAAAAAUUCUUACAUAAAUAUACAUGACUUUAAAAGUGCAAAAGAAUUGGGUACCUACCUGAAUAUGUUAAGUACCAAUGACAAAUUAUAUAACAAAUACUUUGCUUGGAAGACUCAAUAUAAGCCGGAACAUGAAGAAAUGUAUGCAUUUAAAUAUUUGUGUGACGCUCUCCACACACCCAGGCUGGCUCAGACAAUCGUAGAUCCGAACAAGUGGUUGAGAACAGACUCCUGUAGAACAUGGUCAAUACGUGAAGUUCUACGGAGACACUUGGAUAGAUUCAUGUUUGAUUUUGGCUGGUAAAAAUCCUGGAGCGAUGAGAACCAUUCAUAUUAUCGUACUUUUCAUAUAUCAGAAAUUCAGAGCCGUGUGUUGGAACUUUCUAGAUAGCAAUGUGUCAGAACAAUCUAGCUUUCUAGAUAUCUGUCUGUCUGAACUAUCGAAAUAUCAGUGAUUCUGACCCGUGUGUUGAACCUUUCCAGAUAUCCAUGUGUCAAAUCUUUCUAUAUAUAUAUUGUCGGACUGUUUCUAGAUAUCCAUUUAUAGAAACUUUCUAGAUAUCCACGUGUCAGAAUUUUCUAGAAACAUGUCUCUGUCUGUCUGAACUAUCCAAAUAUCAGUGAUUCUGAGCCGUGCGUUGAACCUCUCCAGAUAUCCAUGUGUCAGAAUUUUCAAUAUGUCCAUGUGUCAUAUCUUUCUAUAUAUAUUGUCGGACUUUUUCUAGAUAUCCAUUUGUGGAAACUUUCUAGAUAUCCACGCGUCAGAAUUUUCUAGAAACAUGUCUCUGUCUGCCUGAACUAUCCAAAUAUCAGUAAUUCUGAGCCAUGUGUUGGAACUUUCCAGAUAGCCGUGUGUCAGAACGUUCUAGAUAUCUGUGAGUCUGAACGUUCUAGAUAUCUAUCCGUCUGAACUCUCGAAAAAUAUCAGUGAUUCCUUUUUUGGAACUUUCCAGAUAUCUGUCUGUAUGAACUCUCCACAUAUCGGUGAUUCUGAGCCGUGUGUUGGAACUUUCCA